CUUCUUCUCGCCUCCCUUCUCACACCGCUAGUCCUUCUUGUUUCUCACUCUCUUCACAAAAAUCAUGGAAAUUAGGUGUUAGGGUUUACUUCAGAUUCUGUCCGGCGGAGGGAAAUCCUUACUUUUUCCAAUGAUGGCGUCGUCUUUACAGUUACCGGACCUUGCUUUUCUUUCUCCAAAACCAACUCUGAAGAAGCACCGUUUUUGUCUCAUUAAAUGUCCCAUUUCUAGAAUUUCUUUGUCUAGAAACCAUGUUUGGUACAAUUUCGCUACACGAACUCGAGUUCGAGCCAGUGAAGAAUGGAGUACUGGAGUUGAAGAGAGGGAGGCGGAAUUGCUCCAGGAAGUUAACGGUAGUCUUAAAGUGAAUGGAAAUGGUGCUGCUAGUGCUGCUGGUGAUACUUGUACUGCUGUUUUGGAUGGGAAAUUUGAUUAUAAUGAAUUAUCGGAGAGAUACGGGAAUGGUGGUUUGAGUGUGGUGGAGAGUGAGGGCAAUGGAAGUUUGGUGAAGUAUCUGAAUGGGAAUGGAGCGGCGGCCGCGGCGGAGGAAGUGGUGGAAGAAGAAGAUUCGGAGGUUGUGAGGAAGAAAAGGAUAGAGGAUAUUGGAAAAGAAGAGGCCUGGUUUAAGGGAAGCGCCCAGGAGCAGGUUGAGGUUUCUGUUGCUCCCGGAGGCCGCUGGAAUAGAUUCAAAACAUACUCAACCAUACAAAGGACCUUGGAAAUAUGGGGAUUUGUUCUAACAUUUAUAUUUAAGGCUUGGUUGAGCAAUCAGAAAUUUUCCUAUCGAGGAGGAAUGACAGAAGAAAAGAAAGUCUUGAGGCGAAAGGCCCUUGCCAAGUGGUUAAAGGAAAAUAUCUUGAGACUCGGUCCUACUUUCAUCAAAAUUGGCCAACAAUUCUCCACAAGGGUGGACAUUCUUGCUCAAGAAUAUGUUGAUCAGUUGUCAGAAUUACAGGAUCAAGUUCCACCUUUCCCAUCAGAGACAGCAGUAUCUAUUGUUGAAGAGGAGCUUGGAGCUCCCUUAGAUGAUAUUUUUGAUUGGUUCAACCAUGAACCAAUUGCUGCUGCUAGUCUAGGUCAAGUCCACCGGGCAAGAUUGAAGGGACAAGAAGUUGUUGUAAAAGUACAAAGGCCUGGUCUCAAGGAUCUUUUCGACAUUGAUCUUAAAAACCUGAGGGUUAUAGCAGAAUAUCUUCAAAAGGUUGAUCCCAAGUCAGAUGGUGCAAAGAGAGACUGGGUUGCUAUUUAUGAUGAAUGUGCUAGUGUGUUAUAUCAGGAGAUUGAUUACACCAAGGAAGCCGCUAAUGCUGAACUAUUUGCAAGCAACUUCGAAAGCAUGGAUUAUGUCAAAGUCCCAACAGUUUUGUGGGAUUACACUACACCACAAGUUCUGACAAUGGAGUAUGUCCCAGGGAUUAAAAUAAAUAAAAUUCAAGCUCUGGAUCAGUUGGGUGUUGAUCGCCAAAGGCUGGGUAGAUAUGCUGUUGAAUCUUACUUGGAACAAAUUCUCUCUCAUGGCUUUUUUCAUGCUGAUCCGCAUCCUGGAAAUAUUGCUGUUGAUGAUGUUAAUGGUGGACGAUUGAUCUUCUAUGACUUUGGAAUGAUGGGAAGCAUAAGUUCAAACAUUAGAGAAGGCUUACUGGAAGCAUUCUAUGGAAUUUAUGAGAAGGAUCCAGAUAAGGUUCUUCAAGCAAUGAUUCAAAUGGGUGUUCUUGUCCCUACCGGGGAUAUGACAGCUGUGAGACGGACAGCACUGUUCUUCCUUAACAGUUUUGAAGAGCGUCUUGCUGCUCAGAGAAAGGAGAGAGAAACAGCAAAAACAGAACUUGGAUUUAAGAAGUCUUUGACUAAAGAGGAAAAGAUACAAAAAAAGAAGGAACGACUGGCUGCAAUUGGGGAAGAUUUAUUGGCCAUAGCAGCAGACCAGCCCUUCCGAUUCCCUGCCACAUUCACGUUUGUGGUUAGAGCAUUUUCAGUACUGGAUGGCAUAGGAAAAGGCCUUGAUCCUCGCUUUGACAUCACUGAGAUUGCAAAACCCUAUGCACUGGAACUGUUAAGAUUUCGCGAAGCUGGAAUUGAAGUUCUAUUGAAGGACUUCAGAAAGAGAUGGGAUCGACAUUCUCGUGCAUUCUACAACUUAUUUAGGCAGGCUGAUAGAGUUGAGAGGCUUGCUGAAACCAUCCAAAGACUGGAGCAAGGUGAUCUGAAACUUCGAGUGCGAACUUUGGAGUCUGAAAGGGCAUUCCAACGUGUUGCAGCUGUCCAGAAGAUGGUGGGGAGUGCAGUAGCUGCUGGAAGCCUGAUCAACCUUGCAACAAUUUUGUAUCUGAACUCUAUUCGAGUGCCUGCUAUUGUGGCAUUUGUCAGUUGUGCAUUCUUCAGCCUCCAAGUUCUCUUUGGCAUUAUAACAGUCAAAAAAUUUGAUCAGCGGGAAAAAUUGAUUACAGGAACUGCUUAACCAAUGGUGUUGUUCCUCUGUAGAUCAUAAGAGAUUUCGAGAUUCAGCUCACAAGAAGAUCCUGAUGGCAAGUUGAGUGUGCAGCCUUGGCAACAAAGAUAUCUGAGGCUGAUGUCCUAGGCUGUGCCUUUUCAAGGUGGAAAAGAACAAUUAUUGAUUUAGGCUCACGAUCGUAGUGGCCAAUAAAUUGUUAUCCCUUUCAAGUUACCGUGAAAAAACAUUCCUUUGUUUGUGGAGGUAGAGUUCUUUUUCCAGAAUGUUUAUCAGUGUACCACAUGGUUUUUAGCAGCAAUAUAGAGUAAACUUGUAGCAACUAUACGGUGGAUAAUUAGCAAUUUAUGUAGCCUCCUAUCAUAAUUUGUUAGGGUGGCAUGUCUAUCUAUAAGCUGUGUAUAAAACUGUAACAUUAUGAAGUUUUUCAAUGUCAAGUUGUAAAAUUAUGAUUUUUUUUUGUACAUAUGCUGAUAAGCUAUACAAUAAGGAUAAAUUCCUUCU